CUCAUGAAGUCACACGACUGCAAGCAUGUUCAAAACGAGGGAGAAAGAAAUACUGCACUGUAUUCCGGCUUGGGAAGCAUUGAAAGGCGCUCUUCCGAAACGACCGCCAGGUGGCGGCCGCGAGCCAAAAAGCGGGUCUCGAAAGCGACGAAGAAGAAAAGGAGGGAAGGCGACGAAGAAGUCCAAUUAGCGGCACGCUGCUAAACGGAACCGAAUUUUCUGGUAAAAGCCCCCGUUUUUUUUUUUCUUUGCUACUUUUGUGCGGUAUCGGACUCGUUUGCGGUCGUCGUCUCGUUCAUCCAAGCGAGAUACGACAUUGCGAUCGAUCGCGAGCACUUUGCAGCGACUCCCGCUAGCUUGUUUAGCCUGCUAGCUGCGAACAAAGAGCGGCGGACGCGAGCGGCGCCGGCCGUGAGUGGCGAAAAGUCUUCUUGCUUGCUUGUUUGCUUGCUCGGUCGGCGAUUAGCGCGCGACGAUGUGUAAAGUGAAAAUGCUGCGAGCUCUGGUGAACCAGCGGCUGAAUGCGGCCGUGGAGGAAAUCUUUGUGGUGUUGGAGAGAACCAUCAGCGAGUACGAGGACGAACUUUCGCGAACCAAAGAGGAGAACCUGCGACAGCGGCAACUUUUGGACGCGCUCAUGGAGGCGAGCGCGGCAGUGGGAGAGACGUUGGCUUCAGACGUCAGUCAAGACGACGACGCCCCGGAGCGGCGGGAGUGGAGCUCCGGGGGGGAGGAGGAGCAGGAGGAGGAGCAGGCGGAACCCCAGCCGAGUCGCACCAAAGAGCGCCGAGCGCGCGGUCGGCCGCGGGCCGCCGACGAGAAAGCGGGCGGCCCCUCGGUCGCGCGGGCCGAGGCGCCCCGGGGCUAUCCCUCGGACCACGCGCGAUUCGACGCCAAGCACUUCAAAUGCUCCCUGUGCGACUCGGCCUUUUUCAAGAUGUCCGAUUUGCAGCGGCACAUGAUGAUCCACUCGGGGGAGAAACCUUUCAGCUGCACCGUGUGCCCCAAGAGGUUCAUCCGCAAGGCGCAUCUGGUCUACCACAUGAGGACGCACACGGGCGAGAAGCCCUUCACGUGCUCCUUCUGCGGCAAGCGCUUCUCGCUCAAAGGCAACCUGAUGCGACACACCAGGAAGCACACGGGCGAAAAGCCCUUCAAGUGCAGCGAGUGCAACGCCGGCUUCAGCGUGCGCCCCGCCCUGAUCCAGCACCUGCGCACGCACACCGGCGAGAAACCCUUCAAGUGCUCGUUCUGCGGCGAAGGCUUCGCUCAGCGCGGCCAGCUGAUCGGACACACCCGCAUCCACACGGGAGAAAAGCCCUUCUCGUGCGACGUGUGCGGCAAGAAAUUCUCCGUCAAGGGGACGCUCGACGUGCACGCGCGCACGCACGCCGGCGAGAAGCCCUUCGGCUGCGACUCGUGCGAGGACAAAUUCUCGCACGGGCGUCAACUCGACAAACGCGCCUGCGCCGGCGAGGGCGGCAGCGCUCGGACCGACUUUGACGCGUAGGCGUCGAGGCCGGCGGCGCCGACGUGGUUUUUGUACACAAAUGGAGUCCUAUUGCGGAUACCUAUCCGACACUUUGUAACCCGCGACUAGAGAGACGAGUUCGCCCGAGACUAAUAAAACCCAAUGAAACCGUC